AUGGUUUUUGUGUCCGAUUUCAAGCAGGAAUUUUAUGAUGUAGUUCAAAACCAGAGAAUCUUAGUCCUAGUGGCAUUAGAUGUCGAUGCGCUCUGUGCUUGUAAAAUUCUACAAUAUCUAUUUCAAUGCGAUCACAUCUUGUACACGAUAGUGCCUGUCAGCACGAAGCAAGAGUUGGAAAGAGCUUGUAUCGACUGCUUCGAAACUAUGCAAUAUGUUGUUUUAAUAAACUGCGGGGCAACGAUAGACAUCAUCGACAUGAUUCAACCCCCUUCCCAUAUGGUCUUUUUUAUUUGUGAUAGUCACAGGCCGAUAGACGUACAUAAUGUGUACAACCAAGUCCAAGUGAAGCUGCUGAUGAAGGAAAAGGAAGUGGAUGGUAUCCCGGCUUUCAACGAUAUCUUUCGGGAGGAUGAUGAAGAUGACGAUGAUGAGUCAGGUGACGACGACGACGAUGAUGAUGGUGAUCGACGAACGAAAGAACCUUCUGGAAAGAGGAGAAGAUUUGACGAAGAUGCCCUCGAGAGGAAGAGAGAGUUGAGGCUGUGGAUGCAGAAUAGGCAUAAAGUUUUGUUCGACUACUCGGAGUUCACGACCUGGGGCUCGUCUUCGGCACUUCUCAUGUAUGAGCUGUCUUGGAAGUUAUCAAAAGAGACCAAUGACUUGCUAUGGCUAGCAAUCAUAGGAGUCACAGAGCAGUUCAUAAUGAACAAGAUAGAUAGGGAUAUGUUCAUUGAUAGUAUAUCAUUACUACAGCCACAUGUAUCUAGGCUUAAUCAGAGAAUAACUCCUCUGACGUCAUCGCAGUCCUCAGACUCGACAGCCAAUCAGAAUGGUGGCGCAACGUCAAUCAAUCAAAUGCGGUUGGUCUUCACGCAAGAGCCCCAGCUGAUACUCUAUCGCCAUUGGUCGAUAUUUGAAAGCAUCGUCCACUCGCGUUACACUGCUUGUAAGUUCGUCGUUUGGUCUCUUAGGGGUAAAAAAAGACUUCACGAGUUUCUUGCUGAUAUGGGCCUACCAUUGGUCCAGUGCAGGCAGAAAUAUCAAUGCAUGGACUCUAAAUUUAGGUCAAACUUGGAAGAUGUUAUAUCUAAACAUGCCGAGAAAUAUGGAAUGUUGGAACAAGACUUGUUCCUCCCGACUUUUCAAUGCCACUACGGUUUCAAGUGCAAGUACAGUGCAUCCGAUGUUGUAUACGCCUGCCAUGCUUUAUUGGUUGAUGUCGAGGAUAAUCAAGAUGACCAGCUAUUAUCGUCGAACUUCUUACAAGCCCUGGAUGCUCUCAAAAGAACUCAAUCAGACGACCUUGAGACCGGCAUCGAAAAGUUCAAAGGUCAAACGAGAAUUCUCGUGGCCCAAGUUCAAAGUUUUCUCGAUAUGAACCAAGUCAUAUCGGCUGGUCCGUUCCUCUACACAUUCGUUCAGCAGUCAACCAAUGAUUCAAACCUCUUCACAAGACCAAGUUGUCUAUAUCAGCUUGCUCAGUUCACACUGGAAGCAUAUUGCGCCAAUACACGCAGUAAAAAGGCCAAAUCCCUGCCCCUGAUACUGGGAACAAAGUUGAAAGAUCAAGACUCGCUUCUACUAGUCGGAAUACCUCCACUACUUGAUAAAUCGCACAAAAAUUGUUUUGGCAAGGCAUUUGAACAAGCAGCCAUCAGCUCAAAUUCUAAAGUUUCUCAAAGUUACUUCGAAUCAGCCGUACUUGAACUGAAGACAGAAGACAAGAGCAAGUUCUUCGAUACCUUAAUAAGCUUACUCCAAGAUUGA